AUGUCAGACCCUGACAGCUAUACUGUGGGCUGGAUCUGCGCUCUACCCAUAGAAUUUGUGGCUGCACAAAGCCUCCUUGAUGAGAGGCACGAGCCGCUCGCAUCCCGUUCCCCAGGGGAUAUCAAUAGCUAUACUUUAGGAAGCAUUGGAAAUCACCGAGUAGUUAUUGCUAUUAACGAGUAUGGCACGACAGAGGCAGCAAGUGUUGCUCGAGAUAUGUUGGGCAGCUUUCGCAAUAUUCGCAUCGGUCUAAUGGUCGGGAUUGGCAGUGGCGCUCCAAGUCGAAGAAACGACAUUCGCCUGGGUGAUGUUGUUGUUGGCGCUGGUCGCGAUGGGAAUGGGGGUGUGCUCCAGUACGAUUUUACAAGAACCAUCCAGGACCAGGCCUUUCAGGUUACUGGAGUUCUAAACCAACCUCCCGCUAUCCUAAGCGCUGCGAUUAGCAAUAUCAGGGCGCAAUAUGAGACCCAUGGCCACCAGCUUGAGCAGACCAUCACAUCCCUGAUUCAACGGAAUCCAAGGCUGCAGAAGAGAUAUUCACGACCACCUCAGGACAAGGAUAGGCUUUAUCAACCAUCUGCCACCCAUACCCCCCAAGGUUGGCUAAACUGCGCAGAUUGCGGAGAUGAUCCUUUACGGGUACAUAUCCGGCCACCUCGACAGGCUCUUGACGAUGAUCCAGCGGUGCACUACGGCCUAAUUGCAUCUGCAAAUCAGCCUGUGAGAGACGCUGUAACCAGAGAUAGGCUUGCUACACGAAGAGAGGUCUUAUGCUUCGAUACGGAAGCCGCAGGCCUGAUGAGCCACUUCCCAUGCGUAGUCAUUCGGGGUAUAUGCGAUUAUGCAGAUACUCAUAGCAACGAUGUGUGGCAAGGUUACGCUGCCAUGACCGCAGCUGCAUAUGCCAAAGAUCUUCUUCUUAGAAUCCCUGCUGAAAGAAUCGAGGCCGAGAAUCCGGUUUCCCUAGCUCCGCCCCCAGCAGAUGGAAACAACCAGCCUGGCGCGACGCCUCAGAAUAGAACCAGGUAUUGGAUCAUUAUCGAACAGGAUUCUCUGGAUGUCGUCACCUCAGACAUCACACGAUACGAAGCCCUGAGGGAAGCUCUUUCUAACUGGAGUCUCCAGGAGCUUCCUUUGUUGCAGUGGACAGGCGGAGAGGAGUCACGGUCUACGUAUAUAACUGUCGCGACCAACGCUGAGACGUUGCUCCAACGACAUGGACUAAAGAUCCGCAGGGAUAUCGACGCAUGGGCAUAUGUGCAAUCAGCGGAGUCCGUUGAUGCCUUAUCCCCCAGAGACAAGGCUCUCUUUUUGGGAAUGUACGCAGGUUAUCACUUUGCUGGUCCUUAUGCAGCUGGGUGGGCUCGAGCUGGGCGAAUUAUUAGCACAAUGUCGUGGCUGAUGGAAUAUAUGGCGGUGGAAUAG